AAUGAGCCGUCCCAACUAACGAGAAAAGUGUUUCAUUCUGACCUGAAAACCAAUGGUCAAAUUCUCCAUCUAAUGUGAUUUUAUAGUUUCUCGAAGGAUAUCCUCAUACUGAAACAGCUACUCAACUUCUCUCACCCUUGCUGCGCAUUAGGGCUUCGUCUUCACUCUCCACCACCGCCGGUGAUAAUUCAUGGCGGAAGUGUUGAAUGCUCCGGUGGAAAAUCUCGACAGCCUCCGGGAACGGAACAACAAAAAAUCAUCCGCCGACGCCGAUCCCGGCUCCUCUUCGCCGCAGCCUGCAGCUCCACUGUCGCGCCGAGACCGGGACCGAGACUCCAGAGAGCGACGUAAUGACCGAGAUUAUGACCGGCCUCCCCGCCGGGAGUACUACGACCGCAAUAGGUCACCCCCUCCUCCGCCGCCACGCGAAAGGGACUAUCACAAGCGGGGGAGACCGAGCCCGAGUCCACCUCCACCGCCUUAUCGGGACCGACGAGGUGGUGGACACUCUCCACCUUCAAGACGGUCGCCUCCAUUUCCACCAUAUAAGCGUUCGAGGAGAGAUGAUGCAUAUGAUGGGCGGAGGGGCAGUGCUAGUGGAGGUUAUGGACCUGGAAAUCGAAGCUUUUAUUGUGCAGGUUUGGAUAUGAUUAUCCUGGUGGGUAUGAUAGAGAGAUGGGUGGUAGACCUGGUUAUUCUGAUGAACGGCCUCAUGGUCAGUACCUGGGUUGGUCAUCUGGAGGCUACAGAAGUGGUACAUCUGAUUGGGAUUCUGGUCAUGACAGUUUUGCUGAUGCUUCCCACACCACGAGCACCCAAAGAAAAAUUCACUUGGUUUAUUGGACAAUUCUCCAGUUAUACAACUCUGUGCAUAGUAAAUUCAUUUUCCAGGGAAGGAAUGAUGUCAUAUAAGCAGUUUAUUCAGGAGCUUGAAGAUGAUAUUUUGCCUUCUGAGGCCGAGCGUAGGUAUCAAGAGUACAAGUCAGAGUAUAUAUCAACUCAGAAAAGGUCUUAUUUUAGUGCACAUAAAGACGAAGAAUGGCUAAAGGACAAAUAUCAUCCAACUAACUUGCUUGCUGUCAUUGAAAGGAGGAAUGAACUUGCACAGAAGUUGGCAAAGGAUUUUCAACUUGACUUGCAGAGUAGGACAUUGGAUUUAGGUCCUGCUGUUAAUCCCUCUUCAAACAAAUCAGAACAAUCCAGUGAGCCUAAUUCUGAGGAUGAAACAGACAUGGGCAGCAAAAGAAGACGACAUGGUCGGGGAAGUGCUGAAGAGUCAGCUGCACCGAAGGCCCAUCCUGUCAGUUCUGAGCCCAGACGAAUCCAGAUCGAUGUUGAACAAGCUCAGGCUCUUGUUCGGAAACUUGAUUCAGAAAAAGGAAUUGAGGAUAAUAAAUUAUGUCGCGUAGAUAAUGAUAGAUCAAGUAGAGAUAAGUCUCAUAGUGGUUCAAGCCGCCCAGUCAUUAUUAUUCGGGGUUCAACUGCUGUCAAAGGUCUCGAGGGAGUUGAGUUGCUGGAGACACUUCUUACGUAUCUCUGGCGCAUUCAUGGGGUGGAUUAUUAUGGAAUGGUUGAAAGAAAUGAAGCCAAAGGUCUCCGGCAUGUUAGGGUGGAUGCAAAGAAUUUUGACACAGGUGGUAACGGGAGCGAGUGGGAGAAGAAACUGGACUCUUAUUGGCAAGAGAGGCUUAAAUCCUUGGAUCCUCUGGAAGUAAUGACUGCGAAGGAGAAGAUAGAUGCAGCUGCUACUGAAGCUUUGGAUCCCUAUGUCCGCAAAAUUAGGGAUGAGAAAUAUGGAUGGAAGUAUGGUUGUGGAGCAAAGGGUUGUACAAAGCUCUUCCAUGCUUCUGAGUUUGUCCACAAACAUUUGAAGUUGAAACACACAGACCUUGUCAUGGAACUGACGUCAAAAGUGCGGGAAGAAUUGUAUUUCCAGAAUUACAUUAAUGAUGAAAAUGCACCUGGAGGAACACCAAUCAUGCAGCCAACUAUUCUGAAGGAGAAGCCACAGAGAUGUAUGCCUGGUCCAGGUAACCGAAUAACAGAUGAAAGGGGAAGCCGUCGAGAACGUAAUAAUCGUGCUAAUGGAAGCGAACAAUUUGAUAUGCUCGAGAACCCACUGUCCCGGGAUUUUCCAUCCAAUAAUGAUGGUGCACUUGGAAACAAUCCUGACGAGCCAAUGUUUGACACUUUUGGUGGACAAGGCAUACCUAUUGCUCCUUUCCCUUCAGAUAUACCUCCUCCUGUACUGAUGCCUGUUCCUGGUGCUGGAGUAAAUGUAUGUUUGUGGGUUGCAGUCCAUUGGGGCCUUUCGUUCCUGCUCCUCCUGAAGUUGCGAUGCGAAUGUUCCGAGACCAAGGAGGUCCUUCCCCUUAUGAUGUCGGUAGAAAUGGAAGGUCAGGGCCCCAGGUCAGUGCGCCUGCCCCAAUAAUAGCUUUACCUCCAUUCCGACAGGAUCCUCGACACUUGCGAAGCUAUAAUGACCUGGAUGCUCCAGAAGAUGAAGUAACGGUGAUCGACUAUAGGAGUCUAUAAGUUUAUAUGAUGGACAAGCAAUAAGAGUGCGUUGCUUGCGUUCCACUUGAAGAUUUAGAACCGAAAAGUGCACAUGCUUUAUGAUCUGUGAAGAUGAGGUGAUGCACUCUACCCGUGCAUGUGCUACUAGCGUUGGCUUUUCUCUUGCUGUUAACAUACAGUCAGAUAUGUGCAGAAUCGAAGUGUGCAUAUAUUAUGAGUUUUUGAGAAAUUUUUUCCUCCCAACCCCAGAAAUGUUUUCUAGGUAUUCAAAGGGGAUGAGUGCCAAAUAAUUUUAUUUUCAGAUAUUUUAUUUAAAACUUUUGUUUGUUUUUCUUUGAUCACAUAAAGGUUAAAGAAGUUGAUGUAGUUGGUAGGGGUUGAUAUUUUAACUGGAAUCGAACCAAAAUCUCUUUCAAUUUUGGUCCGAUUCUAGAAAAAUUAGGAACCGGAGCCAAGAAUUGGCCGAGUAUUCAUUUGAUUCUUGGUUCUUGAACGGAACUGUGGAUACUCGAUUCUGGAAUCGAAUUUGUCUUUGUUUAUAACUUUUUUAUUUUUAAAAAUUUAUUCACCAUGGCUCGGGCGCUCAGCGAUCGGAUGGAGUGCCAAUGAAACGAUGGGAUGGAGGGAGAAGUUGCCCCAUUGAUUGUUAUGCUAUAUUUGGAGGAUUUAUUUAGUUGUUUUCAUUAUUUAUAGAAUCUAAAACUUGUUGGUUUUUAGUUUUGGUUUGUUCUUAUCGUAUGUAAUUUGGUAAUUAUGCUUUGUUA